AGCCUCAAAGCCUGUUUCUCCAAUGCCUCUUUCAGCAACUACCAUGAUGCGCGCGGCGAACGCAACAGCGAUUGCUCCUCGCAACGCAAACUCCCUCUCCAACCGGGUCAUCAAUGCACAUGUACAUGAUGCGGACGUACAGAUUAAUAUUCAGAACAAGUCAAACGACGUCGAAACAGCAUCGCAGAACGAAGGAUUUCUUGUAGAUAGCACGGCAGAGGAAGAUAUCAACCGCGCACCAAGUAAAGAGUGUCAAGCAACAUGGUGGGGCGAAGCCAUCCAACAAAACAUGGGUCUUUCCGGCGGAUACUCCAAGGUUGCGGUGCUCUUGAUCAAGUGGGCCGACGAGUUGGAUGAAUUGCGGACAGGGCAAGAAGCCCAAGAACUAGAGACGCUCUUCCGCGAACGUUUCCACUACCAUACCAAGACUGUGGAGCUCAACAUUCGAAAGAAACCACAACUCCAGCUUGACAAUCACAUCAGCAACUUUAUAUACGAACAUGAUGGGGAGAAUAGUCUGCUUAUCGUGUACUAUACGGGACAUGGUGAAUUCGAGGAUGAGAGUAAGACUCUGUGGCUUACAGCAAGUCUUAAUCCCGCAGAUGGCGGAGGUUUUCGUCAAGACGCACGCGCCACAUGGAACAAAACAGAAGAACAGCUUCGACAUCCAGACGUUGAGGGAGACGUAUUGACAAUACUCGAUACGUGCUAUGCGAGCAAUCUUGUCAAGUCCAGCAGAGAGGACGAAAAGAAGUUUGAGUUACUGAGCGCCUGUGCAAUCAACCAAACCACGUCAGCACCCGGACCGAACUCGUACACACGUGCCUUCAUUGACGCUGUCAAGUUGCUUCUCGCAGAUGAUCCCGACCGGCCUAUAUCAACAUUUAGCCUUACAAACCAAAUCAACAAGGACGAAAGGCGCAGAGAUGCGACUGCGCACCUCUGGGGUCGCAACUACGUCGCUAGGGCCAACCAAGAACACAUCUUCUUGUCACCCCUCAAGCCCGAAAAGGUCGACGCUCCACACCUUCCUCUUCGGCGACCCAAGGGCUACCUGACAUUGCGGUUUGCCCUCCGCGACGCAUCGUUGGACAAAGUCCAAAUAGACUACAUGGCGAAGCAGCUUAGUAAGGCCUUGGGCAACAGGCCACGGAUUGGGUUGAGGAAGAUUGACUGGGUUGACAUGCAGCCUGCACCGCCAAUGUCCCACUUUGAGCGAGUAACGUCCGUUAUGCGCGUAAUAGGGCAGUGGAAGCGCGUGAUUGCCAAGAACAAAGAGAAGAAAGAGAAGGCAGAGUCGAUGAAUGGGUCGCAGAAGCGUGCGCACGAAGACACAGAUGAGAUGCGGGAUGCAAAGCGGCAGUAUCUGGACAUCUCGCAUCCUCCUUCACCGCCGGUAUCAGAAUGCUCGCGUAUCGAUUUCGAGACGUGA